AGUCUAUAUUAUAUAGUCGUCGCCCGUCGGGGCGUUCGGCGGUGGAGUGUGGACCGCGAACGGGUGGCGGUGGUUGCGUCGUACGGUCGUGGUACUUAUGGUCUCGUACCACUGUACUACUGUACUACUGUACCACACUACCACUGCCGGUGCGACGUUCGGCGUUUCCUAGUCGCUUUAAAAGUGCAAACGUCCACCCGUUGCACACCAUAAAUCUGUUAUAAACAUUAGCUAUCUUCGUGUCGUGAAAUCGCAAUUUGACGAUAUCGUAAUUGCCGUCCGGACACGACGAUCGUCUUUUUUUUUUGGACUUUAAGCUAUUGAUGAAUAUAAUAUGAAGUUCGGACUUGGGAUUGUUUUUUUUAAAAAUUAUUUGUUUUAGUCCCCAUCAUUCAAUAUGGUACUUAAUUUCUAUGCGAUCCCAUCAGCAAUUGAAUAGCCGAGACGCUACAUGUCUACAUAGGACUAUAGGAGUAAAGGACCCGUCCCACGAGUCACUACUGGUGGCAGUGUGGCACUGUCCCAGGCGCAUUACGUCGCCAGUCGAUAAAACGGCACACGCCGUUGGUCGGUCCUGCCGUCGAACCGCUCGACCGCGCCAAUGGAGUACGCCGUUCAAUAUUUCGAUUCGUGGUCGAGUGAAUGUGAUGCACCGGGAUCGUAGACUUAGUGCCGCCAUCUAGCGAUCGAUGAUUCCACGACCGACUGUCUUUUAUUUGUCACCGCUUUGCGGCGGGUGUGUCGCAAAAAUAUAGACCCAUAAACCUACAAAAUAUUAUUCAUUUUUUAUUUUCACGCUACAACCAAUGAAACACGACUGAAUCUGUGAUAAACUUAUCGCAGUAGAUAACGAUAUUAAUUAAUGAUAACACGAUUUUGGAUUUACAUUUCGCGGUACUGCAGUAAUUCUUAAAAACAAUGUGCUUAAGAAUUUAACAAUUAUUCAAAUUAUUUUGAUUUUAUACCAAUAAAAUAACAACAAAAUGUCUCGUCCGGAACAUUUAGCUCCACCAGAAAUUUUUUAUAAUGACGAUGAAGCUCGAAAGUAUACCCAAAAUUCUCGGAUGAUAAAUAUUCAAUUAGAAAUGGCUGAAAGGUGUAUGGAAUUGUUGAUGUUGCCAGAAGACGAACCUUGUUUACUAUUAGAUCUAGGAUGUGGAUCUGGUCUUAGUGGCAGUGUUGCUGAAGAUUCUGGUCAUAUUUGGUUUGGAAUGGACAUUUCAGACUCCAUGUUAAAAGUAGCAAAAGAAAGAGAAGUUGAAGGUGAUUUAUUGUUGGGAGACAUUGGUGAUGGUGUUCCAUUUCAACCUGGUACAUUUGAUGGUGCAUAUAGUGUAAGCACAUUACAAUGGUUAUGUAAUGCAGAUAAAUCAUCACAUAAGCCUGCAAAACGGUUAUAUACUUUGUUUUCGACAUUAUUAGCUUGCUUGGGACGUAAUGCAAGAGCAGUCUUUCAAUUUUAUCCAGAAAAUGUACAUCAAACAGAUUUGGUUGUAUCACAAGCUAGAAAAGCUGGAUUUUUCGGAGGUUUGUUGGUUGAUUUCCCCGACAGUACUAAAGCAAAAAAAUAUUUUCUUGUUUUGAUGACUGGUGGUGCUAUGCCUAUGCCUCCUGCACUUGGUACAGAAAAUACACAAAUUAAUUAUACAUCAAAAAGAGAAACAAUGACAAAAGGACGUGCAACAAAAUUAGUAAAAAAAAGUAGAGAAUGGAUUUUAGAAAAAAAAGAAAGGAGAAGACGCCAAGGAAGAACUACUAGAGAAGAUACCAAGUACACAGGACGAUCAAGGAGUGGGCGGUUUUGAUUUUAACUAUAAUCUAAUUUACAUUUUAUCAAUUUCAAUACUCUGUUAUUUGUUUAAGAAUAAAAUUCUAUGAGCUUA